GCCCUGUUACACCGUUACACCCCUGUGCAUGACGUUUCUCCGCUGACAGGGUUUGCACUGCUACCAACCUUCCAUCUGUCGCGGCUGUUUCCUGUUCUUUUCAACCGAAGUUCUCUCCGACGUAUGUUGUGUCGAUAAAUAAACUAUCGAGGAAGAAUGGUCCGCAUUAGUGUGCUAGCCGAUGCACUGAAGUGCAUCAACAAUGCCGAGAAGCGCGGAAAGCGCCAGGUCCUGAUCCGGCCCAACAGCAAAGUCGUCAUCAAGUUCCUGACUGUGAUGAUGAAGCAUGGGUACAUCGGAGAGUUCGAGAUCGUCGACGAUCAUCGGUCGGGCAAGGUCGUGGUUAAUCUAACCGGACGCCUCAACAAGGCUGGCAUCAUCUCCCCCCGGUUCGACGUCAAGAUGGACGAUAUCGAACGGUGGACCAACACACUGCUCCCGUCGCGUCAGUUCGGAUACGUUGUCCUGACGACUAGCGGUGGCAUCAUGGAUCACGAAGAAGCCAGACGGAAGCAUCUGGGAGGCAAGAUUUUAGGUUACUUCUUCUAAAUUUGCUGAGCGAACACAAAAAUUUCGAUAAGGAGUAACUAAAAUAUAAAAAAAACAUCCGUCAGUCUGAAUUCCAAUAACUCGCGGGAGAUUUUUCUUUUCUUUUUUUCUCUUGUGUGGUAACGUUAGGAGAUUUUGAGGUUCGUUACAAAGGUUGGCUGGCAUCACCGUUCGUGAUGUUUACCGACAAAAAGUAAAAAAGAAAGAUGCGGUUAGGUGUAUUUAUGUGAAUGCAUUGAAUAUAAAGUCAAGUUUCACCUAAAGUGAAAGCAAACAAAAAAAUUAAAGAAAAAUCAAA